CGCUAGAUGGCAGUGCUGCGUCCGCGGCCUCAGCGCGCGCUCAGAGGAGGCGCAGAAGAAGAGAGCGGGCGACCAAUGGAGCAGCGGUGGGGAGCUGCAGCAGUCUUCUCCUGAACUCCUCUCCCAUGUCUUAAACCAGCGCUUUUCUCCAGGACUGUCACAUACGGAGUGUGCAGAGAUGAAGCGGGUGCGGACAGAGCAGAUCCAGUACGCGGUGACCCAGUACCUGAAGAGGAGGCAGUAUAUAGACACAGAUGGGUCUCUGAAGGGGGCCAAACUCUCCCAGUCUGCUGAGGAGAUGGCAGCCAGUCUGACGGUGCAGACGGAGUCCAGCUGUGCGAAUGUGGUGUCCGCAGCCCCGUGUCAGUCAGACCCGCAGCAGUACGAAACCCAGUUCUCCAGACUGCGCUCCUUCCUGCAGGAGGCAGAAGCACCGUUAGUGAAGGAGGUGAGCGGCGUCUUGUUUCCGCUCUUCCUCUACCUGCACCUGGACAUGGCGCGGUGUGGCCUAAAGGGGGCGGUAGACUCGUUUUACAGUCGCUUCCACUCCUUCUUCCAGCAGGACCCUGAGCAGAAAGCCAUCGUAGACCUGCUACGAGCAGUCGUCACGCCUCAGGAUGUGACCUCAAACCCUAAACUCUGCUCGCUCCUGGAUCACAAGUAUGUGGUGCAUCUGACAGAUCAAGCAUACAGCUACCUGCUGCGUUACCUGCAGAGCGAUGACAACAGCGCCAUCUGCUGGGUGCUCAGCACACAUGUGCAGGUGGAGGUGACAGCAGCGCACCGAACCGACUACCAGCUGUACGGCGCAGGCAUAGGAGCAGGGAACACUACCUCCACUUCCUCUUCUUCCACUACGUGGACUGCGGGGGAUGGGUCGGAGGGGGCGGAGCGUGUGGAGGUCACGGCUGGGUUACCUCAGAACGAGGUGGCGCUGGAGGCGUUGCAGGACUGCAUAAAGCGUGUGCGAGAAGGUCCGCCUUCGCUCACUACCGUCUGCUUCUACGCCUUCCAGCACACGGAUCAGCUGCUGAACACGGCCGAGGUGUCAGCGGACAGCCGCUUGCUGGCGGCCGGCUUCGAUAACUCAGCCGUGAAGCUGUGGAGUCUGCGGGCCAGGAAGCUGAAGGCAGGACCUCACAGGGUCGACGUGUCUAAAAUAAGACUCGCCUGUGAUGUGCUGGAGGAGGAGGCAGAUGAUGAGGAUGCCUCAGGCAGUGAGAUAAAGACCCUGCGCGCUCACAGCGGUCCCGUGUACCGCACGGCGUUCCUGACGGACGGCUCCGGACUGCUGUCCUGUUCUGAGGACUCCACUGUUCGCUUCUGGGACCUGAACAGCUUCACGAACACCGUCCUGUACCGCGGCCACGCUUACCACGUCUGGGACAUGGACGUCAGUCCCUGCAGCCUGUACUUCUCCACAGCGUCCCACGACCGCACCGCUCGCCUCUGGAGCUUCGCGCGCACGUAUCCGCUGCGUCUGUACGCCGGCCACCUCUCCGACGUCGACUGCGUCAAAUUCCACCCCAACUCCAACUACGUGGCGACGGGCUCCACGGAUAAAACCGUACGCCUGUGGAGCACGCAGCAGGGUGCGUCUGUGAGGUUGUUCACCGGGCACCGCGGGCCCGUGCUGUCGCUCGCAUUCUCGCCCAACGGCAAGUACCUGGCCUCGGCCGGAGAGGACCAGAGACUGAAGCUGUGGGAUCUAGCAUCCGGCAGUCUGUUCAAAGACCUGCGGGGUCACACCGACAGCAUCACCAGCCUCUCCUUCAGCCAGGACAGCAGUCUGGUGGCCUCCGCCUCCAUGGACAACUCCGUGCGAGUGUGGGACAUACGCAGCGCCCACGGCACCGCCCCCACCGACGGCUCCAGCAGCGAGCUGAUUGGACAGUACACGGGCAGCACUAGCAACAUCCUCAAUGUGCAGUUCAUGGCCUGUAACCUGCUGCUGGUGACGGGCACUGCGCUGGAGAAACAGGAACAGUGACUUAACAAAACACGUCCAGGUCAUAUUUCACCCCAAAAUCAGGUUAAAUAAUUAGGAUUAGUUUAGGAUAAUUGGGUUAUUUUUUUUUCCCGCAGGGAUAUGGCCUGGACAUGUUCUUGGCGGGUUUUCGUGAGAUUCCCCCAUUGUGUUUUGUAAAGUGAGAGUGCUGGUGAUGUUUUGGCUCAUUUUUGUUAUGAUGUAUGUUGAUACCUCUAAAGGACAGAGGUGCAGCCUGCUGUUUUCAUAGAGAUGUAAAUAUUAGAUAUCAUAUUAAAUAUUAUAAUUUUUUUCUGAAAAAGUUAGGUCAUUAUUUCCAUGUUUGUAUCUUUCAGCUCAACUCAUUUCUGUUGUAACGUUGCUGUUGUUUUGUUGAUGGCUUAUGUUUAUAAAGGUGAUUCUGAAAGCACAUCCAACACUGUUCUCCUGGAAGUUCACCAGGAAGCCAGAUAAACUGGAUACAUCCUACUUUAGGUGGGAAAAACAGUCCUGAUGAAGCAACAUCAAUGCCUUCAUCCUAGUUUUUAUUCUCGCAAUAACUAGGGAUUGAGUUUAGUUUUAUUACAACAAAAAAACAUCCCCAGGAAAGCUCAAGAAAA